CCUUUACCAUAUCUAUAUCAACAAGCUCGGAUAGCAAGCAAGCCAGAGAUGACAGGACGAUAAACAAGUCUGUCUGUUUAUCUCGGGCAAGCACCUUCAGUUUAGAAAGCCAAAACACCAAAAUCAGAACUGUGAAUACCUUCCUAGCGUCUGGGACACGACUGGUGUAGAAUUAUCUCACCCACCAGUAGAACUAAGCAAUGAUUUGCUAAUUUUUGUGUUUUUUCUCUCAUUUCAGCUUCCAGAUUUUUUUCCAAAAACUUUUUACCGUAAAAUACUCAAGAGUAAUUGCUCAAAAACGUUUUGAUCAUGUGCAUUCUAUUCAUCUUCGUCAACAAUAAUGGGAAACCGAUUGCCGGCCAGUACCGACUGAUAGUGGCUUCCAAUAGGGACGAGUAUUACGCUAGGCCGGCUUUGGAAGCAGGACCCUGGGUCGAGAGUCCCCAUGUGAUUGGGGGUCGUGAUAUGGAACCCGGCCGAGAGGGUGGAACCUGGCUCGGGGCUAGUGGUCUCGAUGGCAUUAUCAAAGUUGGUGCCCUACUUAACGUUACGGGCGAUAGCAAGCCUAAUGUUACCGUGGGUCGGGGGCCAAUAGUGGCUAACUAUUUGAGCGGGAGUCAGACGAAUGUGGAGUACAGCAAGGGCUUGCUGGCAAAUGACAACUACGGUCCGUUCAAUUUCGUCUCGGUGCAACUGGAUAGGUCAGAAGCUUCCGUAAUGCAUGCUAGCAAUUCUCCCCAUAAGAUCGAUAAUUGUCCGCUGGACGGGGCGCUAGGAUUCGGGAAUAGUACUCUGGACGUGCCACUACAAAAAGUUCGUUACGGAAGGAAGAGAUUCGAGGAAUUGGUGGGAAGGCAGCUGGACGUAAAUGGGCAAGACGAGCUGGUGGAGGAUCUGCUGCAAUUGCUGAGCAGUAACGAAAAAUACUUCCCAGAUGCCGAACUGAGUCGCCGGGCACCGGAUUGUGCGGAGAUGUUAGCACAUAUAAACGUGCGACACCCCAGUGAAGGUUAUGGCAGUCGUACUCGAACCGUGAUUUUAGUAGAUCAUGAAAACCGUAUGGAUUUCAUCGAAGAGACUAUGGUUGGGACAAAUCCGGAUGGAGAAUGGAAGCGAACCCAUCUUCAAAGACAGUGGUAGACUUUUCAUGCAAUCAAUCGAAGACUUCACUCCUCCUAUGUAACAGGAAAAUUGCAACCGAUUCAGGCUUUCGGACCAAUGAGCAGCAUCGUGCUAUUUGUUUGUGUGUUUAUUUUGUAUUAGAAUGUAUUUACAUGUUUUCCAUAUAUUUCCACACGUUGCGACGUGUAAUAGCAUAAAAAUACUAUUGAAUCAUAUUUAAAAAUCCAAUAAAAAAAUUUAAAUUUUAUAACUACACUUA